UGCAAAACUUCAACAAACCAUUGGCCUCUGUUUUUAUGUCAUAGGCUUAAGUAGAAUAUGCUGGCGACCAUUUUCGUGAUAGUGCAAGUUCAGAGAGUUUUUCGAGGACUAUUUGAUCCGCGGAAAAAGAGAGGGACUUGGGGACUUGUUCGGGGAUUUGAACCCGGGCCUCCUCCGUCCCAUACAAGAGCGCUAUUCGCCGCGUCACCGAGGCCCUGUUGCGCUUUUUACUUUUUCCGGGUCCUUCUCUCGCACACAUAGAAGAGGCGCUCCCGAUUUCACGAUAUAUUGAUCAACAAGUAUAAUUCAACAUUACUGAUUUUGACGGAUUUAUUCCCGAUUACUUGUAAAACAAUGGCUGCUACUUUCGAUCAAUAUGAUAAGUCCAGUUGGUACUUCGGUGCAAUGUCACGUCAAGAUGCCUCGGAUUUACUAAUGGGUGAAAAAGAAGGCGGUGUAUUUUUAGUACGUGACAGCACAUCGAUACUUGGAGAUUUUGUUCUGUGUGUACGAGAAGACAGCAAGGUUAGCCAUUACAUAAUAAAUAAAAUUCAGCAGGGCGAUCAAAUACGUUAUCGGAUUGGAGAUCAAAUGUUUCCUGAUAUUCCCAAUCUUUUGGCUUUUUACAAAUUACAUUACUUGGACACAACGCCAUUGAUCAGGCCUGCUCCUAAAAAGACACAGAGGGUAAUAGCUAAAUAUGAUUUUGAAGGGAAUGAUCCUGAUGAUUUACCUUUUAGGAAAGGUGAAAUUCUCACAAUAAUAUCAAAAGAUGAAGAACAAUGGUGGACUGCUAGAAACAGCCUUGGUCAAACGGGUUCAGUUCCGGUUCCGUAUGUUCAGAAAUAUGAAGAGGACAAUCAUUCGGUUAUGGAGAACAAUUCACGCCCAGAAAGUGGGGGAAGUUCAACUUUGAAUUCCAACUCUGUACAGGUUUCUGCUUCGCAAAUGCCUUAUCUAGAAAGUGGACAAGGGACCACUCGCAGAUCAAACAUUCAGCGAACGUUGCCUGCCUUUGCAAAAGUAAAACAAGCAAGGGUACCAAACGCAUAUGACAAAACUGCCCUGAAACUUGAAGUGGGAGACGUGAUAAAAGUAACAAAGACUAACAUAAAUGGCCAGUGGGAAGGUGAAUUACAUGGCAAGGUCGGCCACUUUCCGUUUACACACGUUGAGUUUGUAGAUAAUGAGACUGGAGAAGACAAUCAGGAGAUUUAACAAAGGUCUUCCAAGUGUGAUGAGCAAUGAAGUUGACUUGGAGAAUUCUACAUUGACGAUUUAGGUUUAUAUUAGCAGCUAUCCAAUGUACCGGUACAUAGAAUCGGUCUUGUUAAAAAUCCUACAUAGAAUUAAUAAACUGGAAUUAUUUUUAUUAUAUUUUAGUACUUUGUUCGUGCUUUAAACAAUUUUCUCCAGUAAAUUUCAUAAAUCAUAAACUCAUAUUGUCAAUAUGUUCAUCCAGUUAAAUUCUUCUAUUUGAGUUUAUGUUGAAACUUAAUUUUCACGAGGAUAUAUUUUACACAAUGUGUGAAAAGGACGACAGUAUUCAUCAAAAAGGACGGUAAACAUAUAGAAUAUAAAAUGUAAGAAUAUUUUUCUUAUUUAAUACCAUACUAGGUACAAAACGUGUUAAAUAUCAAAUAUUGGAUAUGAAUAUCAAAAUGCUCCUAUUAUUUCGAUAAGUAAAUAUAUUACUUUUCCUGAAGAAAUGUUCUUUCAGUAAGCAUGUAAAAAUAUAGUAUUGUUACAAACAAUUUUUCUGGUAAUUAUUAUCAUUUAUUAAUGUAACUAAAGUACGUGUAAUGUUUACAUAUAGUUUGUUUCCUUCAAGUUAAUAGUAAUUUUAUUUUAAUGUCUCUAGUCAUAAAGUGACAUUAAAAGAAUGGUACGAUCAUAACAUUUAUUGAUCAAUACUGUUUUCUUUAAAAAUUACAAAUCAUUCCAUUCUUUUUAUGGAAAUUUUGUACCGGUACAUAUUGUGCUGCUUAGCCAUAGGUUGUGCCACAGGUGGAGCGACAUUUUCUACUAGAACAUAUUGUAUUUAACAAAGGAACUGUUAACCGCAUUACAAUUGUAAUUAUACACGAAACACAUUAACUAUAUAUUAAUAUGUAAUUAUAUAUAAGUUGCGAUUACCAUAUAUGUUAAAAAGAGCAGAAACUGUGAAUUUACGUUUACAAACGAACUGUAUUAUUAUUAUGAUUGUAAGUUACGCGAAUUACUUGUUAA